AUGCCGACGUGGAAGGAGAGAGAGAACAACAAGAAGAGAGAGAGGAGGCGCAGAGCCAUCGCCGCGAAGAUCUACUCGGGCCUGAGGAUGUACGGAAACUACAAGCUACCGAAGCACUGCGACAACAACGAAGUCCUCAAAGCUCUCUGCAACGAAGCUGGGUGGACCGUCGAAGAAGACGGCACCACUUACCGAAAGGGAUGCAAACCUGUGGAUCGCAUGGACAUAAUGGGAGGAUCUACAUCAGCAAGUCCAUGUUCUUCAUACCAGCCAAGUCCAUGUCAAUCCUACAAUCCAAGUCCUGCCUCUUCUUCAUUUCCAAGUCCAGCUCGCUACCCUGCAAAUGCAAACGGCAAUGCUGAUGCCAAUUCUCUCAUCCCAUGGCUUAAAACCCUCUCAUCAGGUUCAUCAUCUGCUACAUCCAAGCUUCCCCAACUCUUCAUUCAAGGGGGUUCCAUAAGUGCUCCAGUCACUCCACCACUGAGCUCCCCAACUUCCCGAACUCCUCGAACCAAAAGUGACUGGGAUGAAGCAGUGGCUGGGUCAAACUGGGCAGGGCAGAAUUAUCCUUUCCUGCCUUCAUCCACCCCACCAAGCCCCGGUCGCCAGGUUCUGCCUGAUUCAGGAUGGCUUGCUGGACUGCAAAUUCCCCAGAGUGGCCCAUCAUCCCCCACAUUCAGCCUUGUCUCGAGAAACCCUUUCAACUUGAAGGAGGCUUUGUCGGGUGGAGGGUCUCGGAUGUGGACUCCGGGGCAAAGUGGAACAUGUUCGCCAGUAGUUGCUGCAAGUGUUGAUCACAGUGGAGAUGUUCCAAUGUCAGAUGGAAUGGCAGCUGAGUUUGCAUUUGGCAGUAACACAUCAGGAUUAGUGAAACCAUGGGAAGGUGAAAGGAUUGAGGAAUGUGUAUCAGAUGAUCUCGAACUAACUCUUGGAAGUGCUAGAACCAGAUGA